GUGGGAAGUUUCGCAUCAAUGAGGCUGCAGGAAGUGGGCGUGGCUACCCGCUGGGCUUUCCCGGGCGGGUAGCAUUUGCUGCUUCAAUCUGAAGGUGAGCAGCAGCAGCUGGAGUAGACGCACGACGGCACGAAGGAUGGGGGCCAUUCACAGCAACAGUGUCCAACGAAAACACAGUCUCCUGCCUAAGGGCCCGGCAGAAGAACCUGGCGCCAUGUCCCGCCAGAUCACCGUUCUGGUUAUUGGAGCCGGCUGCCGUGGAAAGAAUUAUGCCUCGUACGCUCAGUGUUAUCCUGACCGCAUGAAGGUGAUCGGCGUUGCUGACCCUCGUAAAUGUGCCAGGAAGACACUCCAAGAAAAGUUUAUCAUUGACAAGGACAAUGUGUUUGAUGACUGGGAAGCAGCUGCCGAGAGGGAGAAGUUUGCGGAUGCGGUUGUCAUAGCAACCCAGGACCAGCUCCAUAAGGCACCGGCAGUGGCUUUUGCCAAAAAAGGAUAUCACAUCUUGUUGGAGAAGCCCAUGGCGGUGACACCCGAGGACUGUAAGGAGAUUGUUCAGGCCUGUAAAACCGGCAACGUCAUCCUCGCUGUCUGUCAUGUCCUGCGUUACCACCCCAUUUCCCUGAAGAUCAAGGAAGUUCUUGACUCUGGGGUUAUCGGAGAUAUCUGCCACAUCCAGCAUUUGGAGCCUGUUGGAUUCUGGCAUUUUGCACACUCCUUUGUCCGAGGAAACUGGAGGAACGAAGCCGAGAGUUCUUUUUCCUUGCUGGCGAAAUCCUGCCACGAUAUGGACCUCAUUAAUUUUUGGAUGGGUGGCAAAAGGUGCUUGAAAGUAUCCUCUUUUGGCAGUCUCUCCCAUUUCACAAAAGAGCACCAGCCCCAAGGAGCUGCUAGCCGCUGUCUGGACUGUUCAGUCGAGCAAGCAUGUCCGUAUUCUGCUAAGAAGAUUUAUCUGGAGCUAGGAAAGAAGGGUUAUUUUCAUUGGCCCGUAUCGGUUGUGUGCAGUAGUGGUGAGUGCGAUAUAGAGUCUCUGACCAACGCCUUGCGCCAUGGCCCGUACGGAAGGUGCGUUUACGAGUGUGACAAUGAUGUGGUUAGUAACCAGGUUGUAAAUAUGGAGUUUGAAGGAGGAGUGACGGCUGGUUUUACAAUGAUUGCCUUUACAGAGAAGCUGGGUGUGAGGAAAACCACCAUCUAUGGUACAAAGGGAGAACUCUCCUGUGAAGGUGACGGCCCAGUCGUGGUUUUUGAUUUCCUCCAGAGGAAGAAAGUAACCUUUCCCCCUGACACGGCAGCUGCUGUCCCACGAAACCUAGCUGGCCACGGUGGUGCUGACUUCUACCUGAUGAACAGCUUCGUUUCGGCUGUAGCUGAGAACGAUCCGUCCCUUAUUCUGUCAGGAGCAGAAGAAACCUUAAACUCACAUCUCCUUGUGUUUGCAGCAGAGAGAUCAAGAAAGGAAAACCGGGUUGUGCAUUUGGAAACAUGAAAGUGGGAGGUGUCUUCUGUGCCAAUCGGCUUACCACGGCAUUGCUUUAUAAUCAAAGAAAGAACCUGCAGGUUUUCCGGAUCUGUUGCCCAGGGGCUUUUGAUUCCAGAGAAGCUUGCUUAUGUGCUGAAAUGACGGGUUGAGUCUCGCAUCUCAACCACGGGGGCACAUUUUGACAUUUUCGGUGACGAGGUGGUUCACGGUGUGAUACGUGAACCAUGAUCUCCGUCUGUAUGCUUUGCAGGAAUAGAAAAAGAGGCUCAUUAAAGAUUUGCAGUACACCGCGA